UUGUAAUCGAGUCCAAUGUUUGUAUUUUUGAUGAACUCAGACUCCUCGUUUAGCCCAACAUGUAGCUUCAUUCGCCACUUUCAGGAAGUGAAAGAUUAAAUGUGGAGAACAAAACGUCAUUUUUAGAGUCAACUUAAAGUGAUGUUUAACGACAUGGACUCGGGGGAUGAAGAAGAGAAAAUUGGUCCGAUUAUUGUGGAGGAUGAGAAGGAAGGUAACAAUUCUGAGGCCAUGUGGGGUGAAGAACUCAGACUAGUCCUCAUCGGUAAAACUGGAUGUGGCAAGAGUGCAUCUGGAAACACCAUCUUGGGCCGGAGGCAGUUCCUGUCACAGAUUAGUGCCAGUUCUGUCACACAGAUCUGUGAGGUCGGGAGCGCGAUGCUCGCUGAGGAAGAUGCUGCGUUAGAGGAUGGCCAACCUGUCACUCAGAGGAGGAUGAAGAGAGUCACGGUGGUUGACAUGCCAGGUUUUGGGGACACUCAGCUCAGUGUGGAGCAGAUUCAUGCAGAGAUAGCCAAAUGUGUGACUCUCUCUGCUCCUGGCCCACAUGCUUUCCUACUGGUUGUUCCAAUAGGACGAUAUACAGACAGUGAGAACCAGGCAGUUUGUGACAUGAUAAAGGUAUUUGGGGAGGAUGCCGUCUGUCACCACACAGUGGUUCUUUUUACCAGAGGCGAUGACCUGGACGGUAUGGAGAUUGAAGAGUACCUGAGGAAGACUGCAUCUGCUCGGCUUAAGACUCUGAUUAACAUGUGUGGGGGCAGAUACCAUGUUUUCAACAACAGAGACCCCAGUAAUUCGGAGCAAGUGAAAGAGCUCUUAAUGAAGGUGGAUAAGAUGAUAAAGCAGUCUAACAGUGAGUUUUACACCAAUGCCAUGUUUUUAGAGGCUGAGGCUGCGAUCAGGGAGGAGCAGAGAAUCAUGUUGAGGGGGCGAGGUGAAGGAGAGGGGGAAGAACAAAGGGGAAAUACUGAAGAACAGGCUCAGCUUCCAAAACGAAGAAAGUGUGACCUAGAGUCUUGCAAAGAAGGAAGCAGUGAAAGAGGAUCACUAGGGCUCAGCAGGAGGCAGCUGGAGAGAGGAAAUGAUGAUGAUGAUGUAAGGGUGGAGCGGUGGACAGAAGAGAGUAGAGGCAGUGCUUUCAGUCUCCUCAGGGGCAGAGUUAAAGAAUUUAAGGACUAUUUCCGAAGCAGGCCAAAGAGCUGCAGCAGGAGACGGUUUCGCAACUCAUCACUGAUUCGCUUGAGAAGAGAGGCUGCACUCUCUGCAAAGGUGCUUCAGAGAGUUAAGAUCCUCGUAGCUGCUGGAGCCACAGGCAUGGCAGUCGGGGCAGUGUUUGGAGUAGCUGCCCCAUUAGCAGCUGCUGCUGGGGCAUCUCUUGUGGGAAAUUCAGUUGGUUUUGCUGCAGGUCAGCUUGCUGGGAUGUCUGCAGCAGGAGGCACAGGUCUAGGAAAAGCUGUUGGGGCUAUAGUGGCUGCAGCUUCAGGGAAAUCUGCACUGGCUCUGGGAGCAGCAACAGGUGGGGUUAUGGGUGGUUCUGUUGGAGCCAUUGUUGGUACUGGAGCUGCCAGUCCUGGGGAGGGUGCUUUGGAUGCCCUUGGGCAGGUUAGCCUUAUGGGGGCCUCUGCUGUGGGGUUGGCAGCAGGAGUAGGAGGCGCCUUAGGAGCUGGGGCUGCUAUAGGUACAGCUCUGGAGGGAGCAGCUCUCAGUACAGCUGCCCUUGGUGCAACUGAAAUUGCAGCAGGAGGGACAGUGGAUGCAGCCACAACUAUUGUUGCUCAGGGUAGUUUAGCUUCAGCAGCAGGGCAGCAAGCAAUGGCCGCUGUAGCUGCAGAAACUGUGGCACCUUCUUGUGCCGCAGCAGGGACAAUCUUAGCCCAGGCUGCAAAUGUCCCAGUGGCCACUGGUUCUGCUGGUGCUGUGUGUGGAUUAGUAGGUCCGAGUGCAGCAUCAGUACGCAGCGGGGUGGUGUCAGACUCUUGGGGCACUGUGGCAACAACUACACGUAUUUUGUCCGCAGUGGCUGAGAUAAGCAAGGCUGCAGCAGGCAUUGCACUGGCUGGUGGUCUGGUAGUGAAGGUGGUAAAGGAAAAAGUCAGGUGUGGCACAGGAACAACAGAAACAAAUUAUUCAGAGAAAAAGUCUUAUGAAGUUCACUGGAAUAAAUAAAUACAGGAAGAGUUGUAAUCCUCCGAAUGAGGAUCAUAUUCAUAUAUGUAUUUUAUCACAUUGACCCCUCUGGUAAAAUUCUACACUCCACAAUAGCUUUCCUCAUUGUGAGAAGUUGCACUUACCAUGUGAAUAAAAUGUGAAUUUAAUAUAACAUAAUCAAAUUUAUCAACAAGAAAUUACUUAUGCUUUUGAAUACAAAGAAGCAGAUUGUGACAAUUGUGCCUGAGUGAAAUGAUAUUUGCACUGUGGUGUUAGAGAAUUACUUUAGUAUUUUUGAUACAAGUACUUGUGAUUUGGGCUUGGAAUUAGACAUAUAAUCCUCACUUGCAUUUUUAUAAAAUAGAAAAAGAGAUGAUGUGGACUGCACUAGUUCUGUUUUUUAUAAUCAAUGACAUGAAUUUUAGUUCAGUUUCAUUUUCAAAUGUAUUUUUCUUUUGACUUUCCAAAAGAAGUAACAAAAUGAACAUUUAAUCUAAUAACAGUAGUGGAUUUUGAAGAUGUCUUAAAAAAAGGUUGUAUUGAGUAUCAAAAAGCAUUUCCCAAUCUGAAGGUUGACAGUUGACUGAUAUUCUGUUAAAUAUCAUUAAUAUUUGAACAGCAAAAAGGUUUUUUUUGACUAUCCAGCAUCAUUGCUAUCAAUAUCGGUAAAUGUAUCUACACUUGAUUAUUGUAAAAAUAAUAAAGACACAUUUCUUUCA